CACCUUUCCUCUUUUAAAAACACAUAACAUUACCGACAACAACAUAGUUCACUCCAAAACAAACCUACGAACUUGUUACCUCAAUGUCUCCAACAACCACCAUCAUCACGCUCCUCUUCUUCCUUAUCCCAACCACACUCUCACAAAACACAACCUUCACCUUCUCUUCUUUCACCCUCCGCAACAUCACCCUCCUCGGCGACUCCUUCCUCCGCCACGGUGUCGUCGGUCUCACACGCUCCACCACCGUCCCUGCUUCCAGCUCCGGCACCCUUCUUUACAACAACCCGAUUUCUCUUAUACCCAAUUCAUCUUUCUCUUUUAAAACCAGUUUCACUUUCUCUAUUACUAACACAAACCCUCCUUCUUCUUCACUCAACCACUUCUCAUUCUUCAUCAACUCCACCACUAGUUUCAUUUCCCUUGAUUUUCAUACCAACAAUAACCAUGUUGGUUUUGAUUUCAAUAAUAGUUCAGUCCAAAAAACUGUUGAUGAUACCGUUGUUUUCAAUUUCACCAGUGGAAACUUGAUCACUUCUUGGAUUGAUUAUAAUGGUUUCAACAAAAACUUGAGUGUUUUCUUAAGCUAUGCAAAUUCAAGCUUUUCAAGUUCAAAGCCUGAAGAACCUGUUUUGAGUGUUGAAUUUGAUCUUUCUGAGUAUUUCAAGAAGACUGAGAUUCUGUAUCUGGGGUUUGUUGGUUCUGCUGAAGGAAGUACUGAGCUUCAACAAAUCAUGAAUUGGAGCUUUGAGUCUUUUCAGUUUCUACCUGUUAAUCAAACUCAGAAUAAAAAUUCAAGCUUUCACCAUUUUGGUUAUCAAGUUGAGGAUAUUCCAGCUUCAAACUCAACAAAAAAUCAUCAUAGAAAGAGAUUUGUGAUUGGUUUAUGUGUUGCUAUUGUGGGUCCAUGUUUUUUCUUUGUUCUGCUUUUGGUUUUAGGGUAUGUUUCUUUUAGAAAAUGGAGUAGUUUAAAUAAGCUUAAGAAGAGUAAAAGUUCUAUAGGUUGUCCUAAAGAGUUUGGUUAUAAGGAAUUGAAGUUUGCUACUAAAGGGUUUCAUGGUUCAAGAAUAAUUGGGAAUGGUUCAUUUGGAACAGUUUAUAAGGCUUUGCUUGUUUCUUCUGGUACAGUUGCUGCUGUUAAAAGAUCAAGACAUUCACAUGAAGGAAAAACCGAGUUUUUAUCCGAGUUAUCGAUUAUAGCUGGUUUAAGGCACAAGAAUUUGGUUCAACUUUUAGGUUGGUGUGUUGAGAAAGGUGAAUUGUUACUUGUGUAUGAGUUUAUGGUUAAUGGUAGUUUAGAUAAGUUUCUUCAUAGAGAAUUAUCUCAUGAGUGUGAUAUUUUGUUGAGUUGGGUUCAAAGAUUUAACAUUGUUGUAGGGUUGGCUUCUGUUUUAGCUUAUUUGCAUCAAGAAUGUGAGCAAAGAGUGAUUCAUAGAGAUAUUAAGACGGCAAAUAUAUUGCUAGAUGGAAAUUUGAAUCCAAGGUUAGGUGAUUUUGGAUUGGCAAAACUUAUGGAUCAUGAUAUGAGUCCGGUUUCGACGUUAACCGCCGGAACAAUGGGAUACCUAGCUCCUGAGUAUCUACAAUACGGUAAAGCAACCGACAAAACCGAUGUUUUUAGCUUCGGAGUCGUUGUUCUUGAAGUUGCUUGUGGUAGAAGGCCAAUUGAGAAAGAAGGUCAAGAAAUGGUGAAUUUGGUUGAUUUUGUUUGGGGACUUUAUUCUCAAGGGAAGUUAAUUGAGGCUGUUGAUAAGAGAUUGAAUGGUGAAUUUGAUGAAGUUGAAAUGAAGAAGAUGUUACUAUUAGGGUUAAGUUGUGCAAAUCCAAAUAGUGAUGAAAGGCCUUCUAUGAGAAGAGUUUUGCAAAUUCUUAACAAUGAAGCUUUGCCUCUUGUUGUGCCUAAAGUGAAACCUUGCCUUAGUUUCUCUUCUGGAUUGUUAUUGAGUCUUGAUGAAAUUGUUUCUGAUUUUGAUGAAGGGUUAAGUUCUAAUCAAUUUAGUUGCAAGAUCAAAAUUGAACCAAGUUGAUGAGCAUUUGAUGAUUCUUUAGUUUUUAUAUAUAUACACUUAAUUGUAAGAUUUAUGAUUCUUGUAUUAGUAUUAGUCAUGAGUUCAUUUUGAUUGGAGUUCAAGCUAAUCCAUUGAACUCCAUGUAAUCACAUUGUAUUCAAGACAUAUAGAAGAAGCUUAAUAUACAUUACCUAAA